AACGGCAACGCGAGCGGUUCUUGUCCAUAUCGAGUCCUGUUUUUGGAAAACGACUUCCCUAAAAUAUAGUUUUAAAGAGAUUGUAGUCCAGAAUGACGGGAGAAACGCCCACAUCAUCAGAACAAGAACUCGGUGAGAAUGAUGAGUUCAGAAUUAGUUCAACGAGUUGCACACGUAGAGUGUUACACAUUUUCAGAAAUAACAAUAACGAUGACAACGCCAUCAAUAAUAAUAACACAAUGAUGGUGUGCAUUCAAAAUCUUGGUGAUACUGCACAGAAUAUAUCAGUGGAAAUGACUUCUACGUCAUCCACUUUUACUACAAGGAUUAGUAUGCGUAGUAACCAGAAUGAUAUACCAAAUAUCCCAUCAUCGGAUGACUACGAAUCUGACGACGGUUGUGAAGAAGAAAGCGAUGUUGAUAAUAACGACAGAGAUGAUACGUCUCCUGAUAAUCAAGAUAACUCAAAUACAGACAACGAUAACGGUGAAUCGACCGAUACAGCUUUAUCCGUUGAAGAAAUUGAAACAUUAAAACCAAUAACUGAUGAUGAAAGCAGUGAUAAAAAAAAUGUAGCCGACGAGGAAAAUAAUGAUCAAAAAAGAGCAUUAUUUAAAAUAAAAGCGAGACCACGAAAACGUGUCAAGAAUGAAGAAAAUAAUCCGGACCGCUAAACAACUUGAAUGCAAUUUAAAGUUACUGACUCCACUUAAUAUUCAAUAUCUAAAAAUAUAUGUAUUGUAACAAAGCGCUA